AUCAGUAGACUUACUGACGCGUGUAUAGCACUACUUGUUAGACGAGAGGUAUUUUCUAAACAGUUGAAAGGUUCCAAUCUCGGUGAGCGUGGUCCAAAGAUAUUGUAAAACGGAAUUCACUUUGAAUCGACUUUUUCUAACAGUCUUGGUAGACCUGUUGCAUGUCGACGCCCAAGUAUUUAAUUCACUAUACAAUAACAACUUAAAAAUGGCUGUUUUGGAGUCCUGUUGGUCACCUUUUAUCUGGACAAAUAGUGUCAAAUCAGGAUGCAAAGCCAUUGCAUUUUAUACAAUUGCAAUUAGUAUAAUACUGAUUACUUUAGUUUCUUACCAAUUGACUGGAGGAGAUUCAUCUCAACUAUAUAAUCCUUUAUUUGAAGCUGAUGUCAGAGGAUCUAUGCAAGUUGUUGGAGGCUUUUUCAUUUUUUAUUUCCUUAUGCUUAUUAUAUCUGCACUAUUAAUGGUGUAUGGCAUAAGAGAAAGAAUACGAGGGUGGUUGCUUCCAUGGCUUAUAUUCUGGUUCAUUGCGUGUCUCUUCCAAUUAGUGUUUGGACUUUGGCUUGUAGGAGGAUAUUAUAUAUAUCUUGAGGCAACAUUUGCAGCCAUGUGUGACUGGCUUUGGAUGUCGUAUAAUAUAUACUGUUGGUUGGUUGUUCUGUCCAUGUAUAAAAUAUUUGAGAAACUCCAAUCUCCAAAUAUUGAGCUUCUAUGGCCCUAAGUACUCGCUUAACAACUUACGAGACAUAGGGUACAUUGAUUGGCACCAAAGUAAGAUACAAUGUUUUUAGAGAUGAAUUUAUCAGAUUUUAUUUUGUUUACUUUUAUAAAAAAUAGACACAUAAACAUCAUUAUUUACAAUAACAUAAAUCAAACAAAAAACAUAAUUAUUUGCCAUGUUUAACGUUUAUUAUUAUUUAUUUCAACAUAUAGAAUACUAUUGAUAUUAUUAACACAUAAGUACCAUACUUAAGUGUCAUUAAUGUACAAUUAAUCCCAAGUCAUGAAAGUCUGGGACUUUUAUAUUAUAACAGAAGACUGAUAAUGGUCUAAGAAAAUAUCCGUCCAAAUUUCAAAGAUCUAUAUACUUCUCCUGAUAAGCAUAUGCAACAGAAUUUUGUAGUUGGUUGCUUUACACAACCAAAAAUGCAUGUACGUCUAAUAAAUUUUUGUAAGAAAUGUAACUAUUUCAGUAUUCAAUAAUAUUUUUAGGAUAUUUUUAAUAAUUAAAAUACAUAACAAAGGUUAGUACAAUUUAUGCUUAAAUUUAAUAUAUUUUACUGACUCGACAAAAAAUAAUAUUAUGUAAGUGCAAGUAUCGGAAAUCUGAAUGAGAUUAGUCGAUAUGUAAAAUAAUGAGAAAGAAGGUUAUAAUAUAUUGUAAAAUGAAAAACAAUAAAGU